AGAGAGGUACCCCACAUAGGGGCGAAGGGUGUCCCAGACUGUAGUAACGUGGUGAGAGGUGCACCACAGGUGUGAGGGGAGGGGCAAACAUGUGUUCAAGUACAAUGCUGUACAUACUGUAGUCACGUGAUGAGAUAUGUACCGCAAUGCACACGGUGCCCCACGAGGCUUUCUCGCCGGCUUUCGGCGCGGACUGCGAGCGGCUAGCAGGAAGUUGCAGGUGACUCGUCCUCGCGCUUCUGCUCAUCGUGACGUCACGCAGCACAGCCAUGCUGCCGACCCCUUCACAGACGGGAGGGGGAUCAUUAUGGCAACGGCCACUGGGCCGCCUGUAAGCAAGUCAGGCGCUGGGCACCGUGUGACUCUGCUCACCCGCUCAAAAAAAAAAAAAAACAGAGAGAAAGAAAAAAAUAAGAAGAGGCCCGUUGGCGUGUGAGCGGGGUGGGCGUCCAACAGCGACACACCUCACGUUAGUCAGCGCCGCGAGAGCGCGUGCGCCGGAGCUGUCACACACAACGUACGUCUUGCGGCAGCCCACCACCGCCAAGUGAACAGCCGCACACAGCGUUAGUCGUACGGCGGGAAGCCAGCAAUUACAAUGUGCAAACAUGGAGUUUCACUUAACAAAAUCAUCAUCAGUAAGUGACACAACAACCGUCUGUUUCACAUCAACUACUGUCACCAGACUGUAACGGCCGCCUGGGUGAGCUGCGGUACGAGUGCUGCCCCUUACCUGAGGUGAGAAGCUCGUCGACGACCUCAGCUCCAGGGCCUGUCGUCAGCUGAAGGUGUACGUGCGUGAAGAUCUCCUGUAGGUAAAAGGUGUGACCCGAUGCUGCACGUCUUGUCGCAUCAUCAACAGCAGCAGUGGAGACGUCAGCAGCAGGCGGUGAUAACUGUCCAGUAAGUACGCUGGACAACCCUGACGUCACAAGCGCAAGAGCAAGGGGACAACGUCUAGUUGAGUUUACGUGAUCUGACCUUUCACCUAAUCACCUAGAUGAACUAGUUAGUGACAGAGAAGUGCCAUCCAGCGAUGACAAUAGCGACCCUAGUGUUUCUCUGCACACCGAGCCUCGCGGCCACUGGAACUACUGACACUGGAACUUACAUCAGAAUGUGACAUGUUCUCAUACCACUUCCUGACAAAAUAAUAAUUUAAAAAAAACCAAGCGAGAAUUCUUUAAGAGAGUUUAGUUUAUUGACACUUGAUGCACUGGAUCCACAAAAUAUUGUCUAAAUAUUAAAUAAAUACGCAUGAAGGCUUUAAACUCGGAUACCUGUCCUGCAGCUGCCAUGUGGACACUAUAAUCCUGGAACGUGCUGUCUAGGUGAGUGCUUGUCGUCUAGCUGUCUCCUAGUUUGACUGCAGUCGUGUGCUUCCUUCAGUCGUGAGAGUUUAACGGUGAGCUUCCAGUGAUAAGCGACCUGAACACCUACAUCAAUACAUCUGUUUGUGUCACGACAAUCCUGCUUGUGACAGACGAUCCUGCUUGACCAAAGACAAGAAAGAGGUUAUCUCCAAUCCUCAAUAGUUUCUGGAAGGUUGUGAGAAAAAAAGUAAGUCUUGUCCUCGUGACCCGACGAGGUCUAGUUCAGCACGAUACCAUCACCUCUCACAUCACAAGCCCGGGGUCGUGAUGGGGGUCACCAUCCUCCCCACAAUACCCUUCGCCAUAACCGUCGCCUUCUGCCUAUGUUUUAUAGCGUGUGACGUCGAGGGCAAAGGUCCCGACACAGGAGAGGUUCGUCUGGGAGUUAUCCUCCCUUUCCAUGGCAACUACCCGUGGCUCAUGCCCAAAACUCUGCCGGCCAUCCGCUACGCCGUGGACUCUGUCAGGCGCAAACAUAUUUUGCCGCAUCACCGCCUGAGGAUCGUCACGGCCGACUCCAACUGCUCGCAAACCAACGCGCCGCUGGAGGCCGUCGACAUGUACAUCAACGGCACAGCCAACGUGUUCUUGGGGCCUGGGUGCAACUACGCCAUCGCCCCAAUCGCAAGGUUUAGCUACCACUGGCGCAUUCCCCUGAUCACCCCGGGUGGCCUGGUGUCAGCCUUCCGGGAUAAGAGCGAGUACCGCCUCCUGACCCGCAUCCUCGCCACCUACGACAAGACGGCCGACAUCUUCGCCGCCGCCUUCCGGAGGUUCAAGUGGAGUAAAAUAGGAAUACUGUAUCACGACAACCGAGGAGCGAACCAGGGCAAGUCGGAAUGCUACUUCAAACUUGAAGGCAUCUACUCGUCCAUGAGAGACAACUUUCACAUUUAUCCCUGGAUCAAGUCUUUUGACGAAAAUCUCGGCCAGGUGUCCGUUAAAGACCUGCUCAUUGAAGCCAGCAAAAAUACUCGAAUUAUUAUUCUGUGCGCCUCGCCCAACACCGUGCGAGAGAUCAUGAUCCAGGCGCACGAACUCAACUUCGAUAAUGGAGAGUACGUCUUCUUCAGCAUCGAUCUUUUCGACAGCCACAACAUGACCGGGUGGCCGUGGUACCGUGAGAACGACACCGAGGCCCGCAACAAGAAGGCGAGACAAGCCUACGAGGCGCUGAUGUCGCUGACCCUCCGCAAGCCCACGAGCCCGGAGUAUCGCAAGUUUUCUGAGGAGGUCAAAAAACGGGCAGAGCUGACUUUUCCCAACUUCACCUAUGGCGAAGAUGAGGUGAACAACUUCGUGGGAGCGUUCCACGACGCCGUCAUCCUGUACGCCCUCGCCCUCAACGAGACGCUGGAGGCGGGAGGAACGGUGAAGGACGGCGUGGAGAUCACGCGCCGCAUGUGGAACCGAACCUUCCAAGGUCAGUCAGUGCAAUAAGACAGGUUUGAGAUUGUUGCCAACUUCUAUGGCAACCGCAAGAUGUACGAACCUGUCGAGGGCAAGGAAAUUCACUGGGCGGGGGGAAAGAAGGGCCCCCCACCAGACGAGCCCCAGUGCGGCUUUGACGGCUCCAAGUGCCCUCCUCACGAGCCUUUUCCGGAGUACGCCAUCGUCAUCCUGGUUCUGGGAUCACUCUUGCUGGUCGUCCUCUUCAUCACACUCCUCGUGUACAGGCAUCUGAGGCUGGAAGCAGAGUUGGCUGCCAUGAGCUGGAGGGUGCGAUGGGAUGAGCUCUUGUUUGGAAACCCCACCAAAAACUUUCAGCUGGAAAAUCGGAGAAACUCAGCCAGCACCGUGUCCGGAGAUACAAUUGCUGCUCAUCUUGGUGACACUACCAACAGACAACUCUUUACAAAAACCUGCUACUACAAGGGUGCCAUACUGUCGGUGAAGAUGGUCAGUCGCCAGCACAUCAGCAUCACCAAACUGCUGCUCGAGAUUAAACGGAUCAAAGAUUUGCAGAACGACCAUCUGGUGCGUUUCCAUGGCAUUUGCGUCGACCCGCCCCAUCAGUGCAUUCUCACCGAAUACUGCCCCAAGGGGUCGCUACAGGACGUGCUAGAGAACGAGCAGAUAAAGCUGGACUGGAUGUUCCGCUACUCCAUUAUGCAGGACAUCGUCAGGGGAAUGGCCUAUCUUCACAGCACAGAAAUUCGUUGCCAUGGUAACCUGAAGUCCACUAACUGUGUGGUGGACAGUCGAUUCGUGGUCAAGAUCACCGACUUCGGCUUGCACUACUUCCGGGAGAAGGAAGAGGAAAUUGAAGACGACUCCUACGCGCACUAUCGCAAUCUCUUAUGGACUGCACCAGAACUACUUCGCCUGCAGAACCGCCCUCCAGAUGGCACCAGCAAAGGUGACGUGUACAGCUUCGCCAUCAUCUGCCAGGAGAUCGUCUACCGACAUGGCGUCUUCUACUUGCACAACUUGGACGUGGCGCCCAAAGAGAUCUGUGACAAGGUGCGUGACGGAGUCAAACCUUACUUCCGGCCCACCCUGGAGAACUACGACUGUCCGUGUGACGAGCUGGCCGGAGUUAUCCGCCGCUGCUGGGCGGAGGACCCCGCGGAGAGACCCGACUUCCAGGCGCUGCGGACACUCAUCAAACGCCUCAACAAGGACGGCGACAAGGGUGACAUCCUGGACAACCUGCUGUCGCGAAUGGAGCAGUACGCCAACAACCUGGAGGCGCUGGUGGAGGAGCGAACCUCGGACUACCUGGAGCAGAAACGGCGGGCAGAGGACCUGCUGUACUCCAUGUUACCUAAGCAAGUGGCAGGACAGCUGAUCAGAGGCGAGGUGGUCAAAGCCGAGACCUUCGAGAGCGUCACCAUCUACUUCAGCGACAUCUGCGGCUUCACCGCCUUGUCUGCAGAAAGCACACCUAUGCAGGUGGUUGAUCUGCUAAAUGAUCUGUACACAACCUUCGACUCUAUCCUCGAAAACUAUGAUGUUUAUAAGGUUGAGACGAUAGGUGACGCGUACAUGGUGGUGUCGGGCCUGCCUAUACGUAACGGCAACCUGCAUGCCCGCGAGAUUGCCCGGACGUCGCUGUCGCUGCUCAACGCCGUCAAGUCGUUCAAAAUUCGCCACAGGCCUGCAGACCAGCUUCGCCUUAGGAUCGGCAUCCACACAGGUCCUGUGUGUGCUGGAGUCGUUGGCCUCAAGAUGCCUCGCUAUUGCUUGUUCGGCGACACCGUCAACACGUCCUCGCGAAUGGAGUCCAACGGCCUACCUCUGAAGAUUCACGUCAGUCCCCAGACAAAGGAAGUUCUGGACGUGUUCGGAAACUUCGAAACCGAACUAAGAGGAGAUGUAGAAAUGAAGGGCAAAGGUGUCAUCACCACCUUCUGGCUGCUGGGCGAGAAGGGAGGACUGUCAGUCAGGUAGCAGACUGACCCCAGUGACGUCAGUUCCUUGCCUCGUUGACCCUUUCCCCUCUCUCCGCACUGCGCACCUCCGGCGUCUGUAGAUUGCACGAGGGCAGGAACCCCCCUACCCCCCGGGCCGCCUCACCUGCUGACAGUCGGUGCUGACAACUGCAGACCAGUCGUGGAGGACUGCGGCCAACACGGGAACCUGUCUGCACUCUACUAUUCUUUCCCUCCCCUAGCAGUUCGUUAUUCCAAGUUUUCCCUGGGGUCGCGUGCGCGUGUGUGUGCGCGUGUGUGUUUGUGAGAGAACACGCACACUGCUGCCUAGAAAGUGUAUUUCAGUGGUUGAUGUAGAUGAUCAGUGUCCAGUCUACACUGUCAGUGGCCGAUGUGAGACCUGUGUGUACAGUUCAGUGAGUUUUUUGUGUUGUUUGUCUUGCGAGAAGACAGAAGGCGAAUAACUGGUCCGUGUGGCUGAAGGUGUGAAAGAGUUGUCUGCCGCUGGCGAAGGUGUUGGAUCGACUCCCAGUCUUGCCACAAAGAUAUUUCUCACCUCAACCCGAGUCGACCAGUUUCAGUUUCAUCACUCUCUUGGCCGAGAAAUGUAAUUUGACACCAUGACUCUGUUGAACAAUUCUUUUCAAAUUUUCACACGUAGAAAUAGUGCAUAGUAAAUAUCAGUGGAAGGUUUUCAUGCACCAACUACAGACUAAUAUAAAUUUGUUACUGUUGUAACUAGUAAGUUAUUGGUAGAUGUUCUUGUAUUUGUAGUCAUGGUAUGCAUAUGUGUGUAUUACUGUUUGUAAGUAUUUACCAGCGAACGAAGGAACUUUGUCCAGAUUCUGAACCAUUCACUUAGUGUUGACAUCGUGGUUCCCGGCCGUUUAUUUUACUGCAUAAAUCAUAGCCACCCGCCAGUAAUACAGACCAGUAUUACACAACAUAAACAUAAAGACCAGUCCUUCAGUAUCAUGUACUUAGUAGUGUCUGCGUGAGAGGAUAGCAUGAAAUGAUGGAUGAGGGCUGAAGUGUAGGAUCGGACCAGACUUGUGCACAAUAACAAUGCUGCAGGUUUAGCCGUUGUCAUUUAAUACCAUUUCUGUCGUCAAACAAGUAAAGUAGACUUAUGUGAACAGACAUAACCGACCUAACAGCGCGUGCGUGACGGACUGUUCACUCAGCGUCCAGUGGAGCGAAACGUCCAGCUCUGGACUUGCUGCUGAUGUUGAUCACCAGACACAAACCUUUAAACUACAUUAAUGCGGUGACUGUAACUUUUAAUAGCAGCUGUAUCACUAACACCCAUUACUUUUAUUUCAGUUUCCAUGGUAUCGUGUUGAUUGAUCUCUGUGGCCACAACUGUGACACUCAUGACUAGCAGCAUGAACACAAAGAUAGAUAACAAGCACAAAUAAAUAGCCAGAGAAACGGCAUCCGUCCCUGUUGGUCUGAAAACAGGAUAAACUGUCAAUGGUUCUCUAAAAUAUAGACAAUAUAUCUUGUUAUCCAAGAUAUUUACAGCUGCAAGGCUCUCUGGGAAGGUCUGUGAGAGAAUGUGAUAGGAGGACAUCAGGUCCGCUACACAGUCCCGGCAUGCACUUCAACAGGUGAGAAUUAACCUCUACUCGACAUGCUGGGGCCGCCAGACUGCAGUUGCUUCAGAUCUCUUAAAACACAUCCAGCUUUUGUUUGUUUGUUUGUUUUACGGAUGCUGACACUUUUGAUGAAGCUGUCAUGGCCACCAUAUUGGAUUCGUGUUGUCUCCUCCCCAAGCACAACAUCCACAGCAGCAGGCUCGACAUAAAUAGCUCCUCCUCCUACACAGAGCACAACACACAGUGAUGGCUCUUCUGUUGAUAUUAAUAUUGGUAAACACACAUACAUAUACCUGAAAUAUUUACUGGCAUGAGGCCAGUUUGGCAUUGAGUGGUUUCUUGUGUUGUGCGUUUGUCCUGACAUUAUUAACGGUGUAGACGGUGUUGUGAAUUGAAGGAUUGUCUUGCUGUACUUGUCCUGGUGGUAAUCAUGGUAGGCACGCAUUCUGGACUGACUAAAUUUUCUUCAAUCCGAUAUUUACCGAGGAUAAAAUGUGUGUAGUUUCCGUAUACCUGUGUGUUUUUGAUAUGUUUUAUGUGUUUCUACAUCUUUCUGUAUCUUUCUCUGCUGGACAUCGGGAGGUUUUGAGCUGUGCACUGUCACAUUUUCACAUGAACUUUCACAUGAACUGUGCGCUGUCACACUUUCACGUGAACUUUCACAUGAACUUCCACUGUCACACUUUCACAUGAACUGUGUACUGUCACACUUUCACAUGAAUUAUGUAUACACUCUUUUUUUCGCACCGCCGCUCGCUCACCCUGUGCUUCUAAAAGUGUCUGCAAAUAUUUGUUACUGUUUUCCAUGGUGACAGAACUAGAGUUUUAUUCUCCUGACAACUGAGUUGUUUGUAUCAACAGGUCACUGGUGUUAUUGUGACUGUAGAACUUGAUUAAAAUUGUUGUUGUCAUGGAUGUAUCAUAUGAUUACAAUUGUUUUCACCGUGAAGAAUAAUGAAGUUAAUAAUCACUUGUCUGUGACUGUGAAAUGCUUUGUAGCACACGAUUUCUUAGUCCUUAAGCCCUGUGACAGCUGUGAUAAGAUGAGUGAUAAUCGUGUAAAUAAAAACAACUUUGUACAUAAGUGUUCAGCUGGAUAUGUUGCUGUAUGUGUAUUGUAGAUGCCGCUUUUUGGUGCGUGUAUUACAAAGCACAUCUGUGUUGAGUAGGUGCACCCUGAGUUCCAGUCGCCAUUUCAAUGGUGAGACAGUUUUAUGACGGUUUUAUGCUUUUUUUUACUAGAGGAAAGGAGUUGAAUGUCAAUGAAAAGUAAACUGUCUACUGCAGGGAUCACCACUGAUGUCACACUUGGUUGACUUGUCAUGGAAGAAAGGUGUGAAGAUAGGAACAGAUGUAGUUAUUUCCCAAGAAAGCUCACAUAUCUGGAUCAGUACAGUAUUUCAGAAAAGUGCAAGAUAACAACGACUGUGAUAUGUAGUUUCUGGUCUUUUUGGAGAAAAGACCAUGCAGUGCCACACGCAAAGACCUUUGUCGUCGAUACGGAAAAUAAAACAUGAAAAUAAAUGUGGGAGGCGAGACUUGCAAUGUCACGUGCACACAACAAGUUGCAAUGUGAGAGAGGGAGCAGGCAGAUGGUGUGUAGAUACUAGUUAUCUACAACGUGGAAGGCAGGAUGUGAAGAUUGCUAAAAAAACAAUGGAUGCCGGGAAUGAGGAAGUAAUACCCAGGCUGACCUCUGAACUUUCACCACAGUCCUGUGAUGUGACAGCGAGGCUACAACUUGUGGACAGACAGGAUGUGGCAUCUGUCCUCAAACAUUUCAGCCUGCACGUGCUGCCAUUUAUCUUUUAUUGGAGUCGAUGUAUGUCUGUCUGCGGCAUUUGGUCAUAACAUUUUCUUGUUACUGACCUGUGGACUGGAUCAUAAUAGCUGCGAGCUUUCCUCCGACAGAGGAAGUCUGGGCAAGAAGACAGGACAUGUUACCUCUAGACAUACCUGAGGCAUGUGACCUCCCCUUUCCCCGAUAUUUACUCUCAUAUAUUGUGUUGUGUGUGAGGACCAUCAGCACAAACCUUUGGUCGGUGAGGUAGACAGACACUCGUCUCUAUUGUUGUCAGACGAGAGCAUGUGGCAUCCUGUGGCUGGAGCUGCACGUGUUUACAUUCUCACCAUGUAACUGAAAAAAACAACUUUGAUCAAUUGUGAUUUGAGUUUUAGACUUUGUCGAGUUUAUGAUAAUAACACGUUUUUAUCUUGUAUUGUUGUGGUAUGUCUUAGAACAACCUUUCUCUUUUUGCUAGGUACAAUUGGACACUUUAACCUCCUUCAGCUUUUACAUAUACAGUGUGUCAUAGUUGCAAAUAUGUGUAACUGAACUAUGUCAUACAUACAUAUAGACACUUGCAAAUCUUAGUCUGACUUGUACUGUGUACUGACUUGUGAUACAGAGUAUUCAUGCCGUGUGUCGGUGAUGCCAUGUGUCUCUAGCUCGUACUGUGUACUGACUUGUAAUACAGAGUAUUCAUGCUGUGUGUCGGUGAUGCCAUUCGCAUCUCAUGUGUUUACACCUAUGCCAGCCUUGUGUGACAGUGACAAGUGCAGGUCAUAGGUCAUUGUGACAACCACUUUAUUAAGCUCGUGCAAGAUCCACCUUCCUAAAAUGUCGUUUGAGUUAUCUCUGAGCUCGGGUCGUGGGUCUAGAACUUCUGCUGGAGAGUCAGUAGACAGGGUGGAGACCCGGAUGUUAAUGUGUGGACAUGGAAGAUUACAUAUUAGAGGAUAAAGAGGUUAGACCUCUCUUGACCUCGUGGACAUGACAUCGUGUCACUAACUGUAACACGCAUAUGGGCACUGUAUGUCAUUUGUUGUUCUGUUUAAGAUUUGUAAAAUUGUUUCAAACCUUUAGAUAAUAAAGUAAGACUGUAAGAAAUCCACUAAGCAAGUCUUGUAAAUAUUUGAGUAUUAACGGCAAAGUUGAAAGUCAAACGUGUGUAAGACUUCUUAGCGUUAUAUAGCAGCAUAGAGCAGUAUAUGACAGCAUAGGGCAGUAUAGAACAAUAUAUAAUAGCAUAGGGCAGUAUAGGACAGCAUAAGGCCAGUUUAGGAUAGCAUAGGGCAGUAUACGACAGCAUAGGGUAGUAUGUGACAUCAUAGGCAGUAUAGGACCAUAUGGCAGUAUAGGGCAGUCCUUUAAACUUACUCGCUAUUAGACCGCUCUCCAGUACAUGAAAGUUGCGGCAACACUACAAUAAGGUAGCAACGGGACUAUUUUGGUUUGUGUUUAUACAGUUUGUUGUUUGUUUAUCACAUAGACAACCUGGUCUAGACAGAUGUCAGUUGUACAACUUCUCUCCUUGUGUAUCACUGCGAGGACACAGACCCACACGUUGUAGUUGUAGUGUGUGUCGUCGCUGUACUUGCUGGCUGUGUGUUUCUACUGUUCGUCUCAGUCUCACAUCUUUCCUUCCACUCACACAGAGGCUGGCACCGUUCAUUUGUGUUCACACACACACACUUAGCCGGCACAUAGCUAACUCCACACCUACUCACUUUUGCUGUAAGUACACAAACAAACAUCUUGACCAGCUCAAUUCCAUGUUUACAACCCUGGAGAUACUGUUUAUUUGAUAUUGACAUCUUUAUAUGAUUUUCUAUCUCGAGGACAACAGUGUUCAUGUAGAGAUAGUGUGCGAUGGUUUGGUGAGAGAUGUGGACCAAGACAGCACCUGGUGGCGAUGUUGAUGUACUGUCUACACUGUGUAGGUCACUAGGUUCAGACGAUCAGCAACGACCUGACUGUUAUAGUCUAACCUUUGUCGUAUCCAUGAAAGUUAUUCCACGAUCAUAUCACCAGUAUGUUUGUCCUGCACAAUCUCGUUGUUUUCCAAUAAACAUGUUGGAACCAC